GGAGAGUCAAGGGACAGACGAUCCGCUCGGUGCUCCGGAAUGGCUCAGCAGGUAGGACCAAUGACGCUUUUACAUUUCUAGAAAAAGUAUAUUGAAUGAGUUAUUUCUGGUUUUAUUCUUUUUUUUCCUAGCAGAACAAUGAAGAAGGGACAGCAUUAAUUCAUAUGCAAAAACCUGAAUGGAGAGGUUCAAUGCUCUCUGCUUCUUUUAAUUUCAUCAACUCCAUUAUAGGAUCUGGAAUAAUAGGUUUACCAUAUGCUUUGGCGCAGGCGGGGCUUCCUUUAGGCCUGCUCCUUUUGGUUUUAGUUGGAUUCAUCACAGACUACUCAAUUGUUCUACUAAUUAAAGGAGGACACCUCUCAGGAUCAAACAGUUAUCAGUCGUUGGUACAAAGCACAUUUGGUUUUCCUGGAUUUUUAAUUUUAUCAGCUCUACAGUUUCUGUAUCCUUUCAUAGCUAUGAUCAGCUAUAACAUCACAACCGGUGACACGUUGACCAAAGUGUUUCAGAGAAUCCCAGGAGUUGGUCCAGACCACAUCCUUGCAGAGCGUCACUUUGUGAUCUUACUCUCCACCGUUAUGUUCACUUUGCCGCUCUCACUUUUUCGAAACAUUGAGAGACUUGGGAAGGUGUCCUUCCUGUCAAUGGUGCUAACACUAACGAUCCUCAUCAUCGUCAUGAUCCGGGCAGCUACCCUUGGACCGCAGAUUAUCCCUACAGAGAACGCAUGGGCAUUUGCAAAGAAGAAUGCCAUUCAGGCAGUUGGUGUGAUGUCUUUUGCCUUUAUAUGCCACCACAACAGCUUUCUGAUCUACAACUCUCUAGAGCAGCCCACGUUAUCCAACUGGUCUCGGGUCACUCACAUCUCUGUGGGCUCUUCCCUGAUAAUCAGCGCAGCGUUUGCUGUUGCAGGCUACACGACGUUCACUGGAUACACCCAAGGAGACAUAUUUGAGAACUACUGCAGAGAUGAUAACCUGGCAACAUUCGGUCGGUUCUGCUUCGGCCUCAGCAUAAUUACCACCUUUCCACUUGAGUGUUUUGUCACCCGAGAGGUUGUCUCCAAAGUCAUAUGCAGCCGCCCUCUUUCCAAAGCUGAACACGUAGCCAUAACGCUGCUCAUAGUGGCAGUCUGCACAGCAUUGUCUCUGGCUUUUGACUGCCUGGGAGUUGUUUUAGAGCUAAACGGAGCCCUGAGUGCCACGCCACUGAUCUUCAUCAUCCCAUCUGCAUGCUACCUCAAGCUCCACCCCGGCCGCUGGUUCCAGAGUGAAAAACUGAUCCCCACCGUGCUGAUAAUAAUCGGCUUGUUCGUCAUGAUCACCACCCUGAUCAUGACAGGUCUCUUCCCUCAGGACUGUUCACACGGUGUGGAGAUGUUCUACUGCGCAGAUGCCAACAUCUCUGGCACUGUGCCACCCGAAUGACAGAAACCUACCUCAGAUAUUUAUUUGUUUAAAUAUAUACUGACCAUAUCCAGACAAAUGGCAACUGCAUACCAAGAUGGGCUUUUGGGGUAACAGUUGUACUGUCUUUCUUAUAAUUCAGUUAUAGUAAUUUUAUCUUAAAACUGUAGCAUGCUCUAAUGUCUAAUGCGAUAGUCAUGUUUUUAAUUACCUGUCUGUAGUUCUGAGAUGUUGCUGUACAAUAGUUUUAUUGAACAAAGAGUUUUUUUCAAUGUUUUCUUUUGGUUUCGUUCUUAUUGAUCGACAACACUUCAGAAAUAAACAAAUAAUUACUAUUAACAACUA